AUGUCAAAACGCACCACAUUCACCACAAUCUCCCCACUGCCUGCAGGCAUAAGUCGCGAGGCCGUCCUCGACUUUCUCCACAAUCACCUUGAAAUGAUCGAUCUGAACCCCCUUAUCAAAGAACGUCACAUCAUCAAGCCGCCUGCCCAUGCCCCACCAGAGGAGCACUCGUGCGUCUGGUAUUCCCUCACCGACGAGAUCUCUUACUUGCCGGGCGGCCUGGCCACCAGCGAUGUCAGCUACACAUGCGCCUUCCACGACCUGCCCACCGGCCUGCAGACCCACUGCUAUGCUCCGAUGGGCCUCGAAAUCCGAGAUAAGUGGACCGUCGCCGGCUCGCUUCCGGGAGAGCCCAUCGAGCCCGUCGAACUGGGCAUCGGCGCCCCUCUUACAGGCUUAUAUCUACGUGAAGACGUCGAUAUGCGCUGCAACGUCUUCACCACAUCCUUCGUUAAGAAAACGCUCAAAAAGAGCCACGGCCAACUGGUCGAGCGCAUCAAGUCCAAGAUCAAGCAGACCUCUUCUACUCAACCUCAGCCCCAAACCAGCCAGUUCAGCUCGCAGUACCAGCCGUCGCAUGGGCGACACCACAGCCACAACUCAGCAACCUCCGGACCCUUCAGCUCCAGCUCACAUACAAACAGCCCGCGGCAUACGCCUCCGCCGCAGACUCAUCGCGUCCCGAGCUACACGUCCCUCACAAAUCAGAUGGACCUUCCUUACAGACCACCACGUAACAAAUCUUCACCAGCCCCGCCCAGCGAUGGCCAUACCACCAGCGCCUACCCGAGGCCUCUGCAUAUUCGACACGCUUCCAAAGGUGCGCCGACCCAGAAGCCCUCGUGGCCGGAUAUCAGGUCACAGCAGCCCGUCCUCAACAAUUACACCCACGCAGCUACCCCCUACGACGUCAAUACAUCGCAUUCGACAUUCACGUCACCCUUCGUGGCGGGCAUGCCCGGCAAUGACGCAAAGCGGCGCGCCGAACGUCAACGAAAUGGCCAAUUCAUCGCCGAGCUGGAGUGA